UUUUUUAUUGCAGAUGGAGUGUAAAAUCUUUAAUGAUAAUUUAAAUUUAACCGUAAUGCAAUGUGCUAAAUAAUAGCAGGUUAUUUUGCAGGACUGCGGUAUGUAUAAUUUGAUUAUUUGGUUAUCUCUGCUGGGAUUACCUCAUUGGGCGUUGGGAUAGCCCAUUGGUUAUAACAUAAUCUUCCUCUAACUGAGCAUGCGUGUCACCUUAAAAAUUUCCGAAUAUUUUAUUGUGCAUACCUCUGUGACAGUAGGUCCAUGCUGUUGGAAAAGAGCAGAACAUAACCAUCAGCCUAAAUGGUAAACAACUCACAUUUAUAUGUUUAUUCUAACUAGAUGUGAUAGACUCAGCCACUAUAAGGGCUAUUUAAAUGCAUAAUUUGAUAAAUGACCUAGAUGCAUGCUAAUUAUUUUCUUAUAUCGACAGAAUGACCUAUAGCAGCCCAAUUUUUUUUUCUUGCAGCAAAGCUGAGUAAUUUUAUUAGUCUAUGUUGUCUGGCCUGUAGCCCACAGUAUGCUUGGCUGGCUUAGGCCGCUACAGCUAUAGACAAGUUUGUGGACAUGAAGUUAACUCAUUAGUGACCAGACAAAAGUGAAAUCUUAAUAUCCCUUAAUCAACUAAAAACAUACCAUGAUACAUUUAUUAAAUACAAGUGUGCAGGGUUGCGCUCUCUGUAUUUACAUUUUAAAUAGACAGAAAAUGAUCAAUGUAUCCCAGUGGCACCGUUUCAUGAAUGUUACUGUGAUUCACUGUUUUGCUCAAGUGGACAAUGUGCUGACUGAACUUGCAGGUUUUGCUGCUGUUUUACGUUGCAUAUCAUAUGUCUGACCCCUUGAUUUAAUAUGAAGAUGAACAGUUGUUCUCUGUGUGCUGAAUGGGUUGCAUUCUCCAUGUUACUCCUCUCAGUUUUCUGACAUUCUGUGUCGCUCACAAAGGCUCAGGUUCUGGUCUGCAUUCAUACCAUGAUCCAGCAGAUUUCAUACGUUCUCAGAAUAAAACAAGGUACCAUUUUGGCUCAUAUUAGUCUCUGUAAUACUGCUUAUGCAUGUAGCAUGUGCAUCCACUUAUUUUCCAAAUGCUUGGGGUUUAGACAAAGCAAAUAUUGACCUUAUGCGGUGUGUUUUCAAAUACAUGUAGCCUGUAUCGGGUGUUAUUUUAGAUUUUUUGUGCAUGUGUGGGCACGAAUAACGACUUGGAUUUUAUCACUGUAGUGCUAAACAUGACAAAUGACUGUUUAACUUGCAAUUUGCAAUCUCAGAAUGUAAUUAUUUUGUCGCUUUGCUGUUGGGCACAUUUUUGUGCUGUGUAGGUGUUCGUUUUUUGUUUGUGAUAGGAAAAAUGUUUCAUCAUUCCUCAUUUGCUUCGUAUUGCACAACACAGGGUCAUAACUACAUACAGUACAAUAACACCUGCACGUAUCAUAGUAUAUAUAUUUCAUAGAAUAUGUGGUCAGCUGGGUCUGGAGGGAGUGUGGCACAUGGAGUCUGCCUUCAUAUGGCGGAUGGUGAGGGCUAAUUGACUCCUUGCUGUGAUUUACUGGAGCAUCUGUAUCCAAAUGGACUCAUCCCAAACCUGUUAAUUCAUCUAAAUUUCAUAAAGUCAUGGCAAGACUGUGCACUGCCAUCCCUCAUCAAUUAUAAUAUCUCAGGACACUCCACACUAAUGCAUGCAGUUGUUUAAACAUACACACACAAAUACACACACAGGGCAUUCUUGUAGUACAGGAAAACACCACAUCACACAGACACACAUGAAUUUGGAUGCUUGAAAUUAUUUUGUGCUUCUUCUCAUUUUCUUCUUUUUUAUUUUUUUUUGUCCAUCGUCUUGUGUUACAUUGACAUUCAUCAUCAUCACCUGGUAGUUCUUAUACAGACCGGAUAUUUUAUUAUAGAAAAACAUCCUUAUUUAAGUAUAUAUUUAUAAAUGGGAGUGUAUACGUUUACAGCCUCAUUGUGAAUACUCUUCCCAAAAAGGCUUAUUAUUAUAAAAGAAUCCCGCUCAUCGCCAUCUCAGGUUAAAAAAUUAAACUUGCUGAAUUUUCAGUCCAGUCUGCAACAUGGCAUUAUAUUGUGAUUCUGCUCUUUUCACUGGCGUUGGACUAGUGUUCCAUUUUAUCCCCCGCAUUGUGCCUUUGGAAUUUCAUUUUGUGCAUAUUCACUGUAUUAGGACUGACUUGGACCUUAUGGGUGUACAGUGUGUUCCCUGACAUGCGUGUUUUGAUUGUUUGGAGUGAUAUUUUGUGUGCAGCAGUCACAAGGAUUUUGUCUGGCAUGUCAAACAACCAACAGAAAUGACCAGACUCACAAUGCUGCAGGGCUGGAAGAGAUUUCACAUGUCAGAGUGCUACAAGUGCUCACAAUGUAGAUAUUUAAAGUGAAGUUCAUGUGUGGUUUCCAGAUUUAAAAAUGCUGCAUUGUCAUGGAUUUGGCGUGUUUUAAUAAAUAGCUCUGGGGAGCUUUAAUAGUGGCAUACUACUCAGCUGAAUAACAUGUUUACUCAUCUUUACCAUUAUGCUUUUGAUUAUUUUAUUUUUUUUAUUGCUGGAAGGUAACCUCUCCACCCCAGCAUUAAUCCAAUGAAUUUAACAUUUUGUGAAAUUUAUUUAGGACAUUUUAAACAUCUAAAUUUACUAAUUAAAAUCCUUAAUAGCUAUUUAGUUGAUCAUGUUCUUAGUACAGAGAAAUGCUUGAUAAUUUGUAAAUUGCUUAUUAGGCCAAACUAUUUAAGUCAUGAGCACAUUAUAGGUCAUUGCAACAUUUAAGCAAAUCUUAUUAGUAUUUAUUAAGCUUUUAGAGUAUAUAAAAAAAACUGUAUUUUGCAGCUAUCAAAUAAGCUUAUAAUGCACUGCUGUGACUUUCUUACUGAAGGUGCAGCGCUUCUAUUCCUCUUUUUUGUUUUGCCUUUUUUUUUGGCUGUAAAUAAGGACCUGGGAUCAUAUGGGGCGCAGCUCUGUCAGUCCUUUAUGCUAUCUGAAUGACAGAUUGGAAACUUUCGGUUUAUUGGCCUUCAACUCUCAAUCAUUUUGGGAAAUGCAUCAGGUUAAAGGUUGACAAACAUGAGCGUCCAUUACAAUCAUGACGGAAUUAGGCCAUUUCUGGGCCUGUCUACUAUUUUGCAGCACUUAAUGUCAAGUGGGCCCCUUUGCUUUGUCUCUGCCUAGGACCCACUGCAGCUGACGUCAGCAUUACAAUGUGGAAAAGGAUUUUUUUUUAAUGUUUUUUUUUUUGUGGAAAAAGUUUAAAAUUCUGUCAGCUACAGUUUUUGGAAAUAAAGGGGAGGGAGUUUUCACCUUAAACCUAUAAGCUGCAUUCCGGAGGCUACGAGACACCUUGUAGAUUUAAAAUAAAAGUAGCAGAUAAAAGAAUUUGGCUGAACUGGUCAAAGUAACGAGAGACAGAGAGAGAGAGAGAAAAGUGCGUUGAUAGAGGCAGAGCCAAGUCAAAGAGAAAUCAGAGGUGGAAGCUGCUGUCCUCACAGCACCCCAAAGUAAAAAAAAAGUUUAUCAGAGUUUCCCAGGAACAGUGGAGCCCAUCCACUGCUGCUUGUCACGUUUCAUAAUUUACAUUUUACGUAACCAAUUAUUUUAUUUUUUUACAUUCGUGCCAACGUGCAUGGGACACUUUUGAAGCUUAUUAAUUUAUUAGGCUUAAUGAGAACGCCUUUAUGUAUAGAAGUCUUUAACAUUUGGCUCAAAGGUAAAAUAGUACAUCCUGUUCUGUUCUGCUGGAAAAUGUCUAAGUUUUAUUCCCCUGAUGAGCUGAUUAUGAAAUUUCCACCUCCUCGCCAUGUAGGACUACUUGUUGCUGUAUCAAAGUUUUAUUUUUUCUGAGGACAUGAAGCCAACAAAUAACUGAAUCGUUAUAAAAAUGCAUCGAGUACAAAUGUGACGCAAUACUCCAUGAAAGCUCAGUAACCUGAAUAUUACAUCAAAAAAUGUGCUUUAAACUUUGUGCUCAUGCAAAUUAAUAAUGUGCAAAGACGUUGUUGGUAUUUAUUAUUAUUUUAAAUCACUGAUUUAAUUGUUAAACUUAGUUUUCUGUGACUUUUCACAGUUUUCAAACGUGGCAUUCUUCUCAAAAUGCUAGUCUUGACAAUAAUUGGCCUGGACACGCAGGGACCGGUCUCUCUAUUAUUCCUGCAAGCCAGGAGCGGGACAUUUGCUUUGGCCAGAUUGCAGUGAAAUAAAAGACGCUGGGCUACAGACUGCGAUUGUGUUGUGUUUUGCUCAUGUCUGCCUUUAAUCACUUGACUUCUACCACACGAUCAGUAUUACGCAUUAACUUGUACAUUUUGUUCCCCUAUGCAGAGAUUUAGAGAAGGGGUCUUAUGAGAAGGCGCCUGAAGUUAAAGAGGCAGCAAUAUUUGGGAGUAUCGCGGCACAUUUCAAAGCAUUUUCUCUGCGAUAUUUGAAAACGGAGUCGUGCAGUGAACGCCUGCGUGUCCCUUUUAAAACAAACCCAGCGCCUGUCAAUCACGGCGCAUUCCAACCAAUCCCAAAGCUCCCUUUUUAAAAGCAGGUUUGCCUGCUGUGCUUUUAUAUUGCACCAUGGCCUGUUUCGAAGCAUUUUUACUACCACGGUUAUUGCCACAAAUCAAGAGGGCAAAGUGAACGGCAUGGGACUCACACCAACUUUAACGAAAUUGAGUCUGGUUCCUACUUCUGCGAAGUUCACGGCCAAGAAUUUCACAUGCAGAUGAUAUACAACAAGGAAAAUGGGAAACAGAAUUUCUAGGUGUAUCCAGAGUGCUGAAUCGGUUUGAUUUUGCAAACUCAUAGCCAAACUCACAACAAAACAUGACAAGCCUUUCGAGGUUUAGUGGCUGCCCUCUCUCUUGCGUCAACCCCGGGGAGAGCAAUACUGAACCCAGCGUGGUGCUGCCACCUUUGGCAGGAGAGCACAUGGGACACCCCACUGGCAGUUCCUUAAAACUCUGCCCCUCGCACAAUUUGCGAGACUACCCUGAGACGAGGUCCAGUGCAUAUGUUGACCAUUCGGUUCCCAAUUUUUCCGACUCUGGAUACCCCAGCCACCGUUUAGAGCACAGCCCUAGGGGCAUUAUCAUUGGAGCCAAUCUUUCUGGAGCCGGCAUGCCACCCGUCACUGAUCAACUGGCAUCAAGAGCUAACCAACAUGGCGGGAUUGGAAGGUAUCGUGACUUCCCUGGCUGCAGAGACAACAGAAGCCAUACUUUUUUCACGAGUUAUCAGGAGCAGGCCCACGCCUCCACCGACGCGUCCCGAGAGCUCGGCAGCCAGAUGAUGCUGGGUCUACCUGGCGACCUCCUCACCCGGACUCACCCCUAUGGCCAAGCCAUCAGCCCCAAGGGAAACGGCCAGCAGCUUGUCACACAGUUCCUGGGUCUGUACAAACCCCUGAACAUGGCGAUUCAGCGUGGAGGAGGCGACGCUUUCCUCAGGUGCUCUAAGCAAACAGUGAAGCAUGAGCUGGUGUGCAAGUGGAGUGACGGCCAAGAGGGGGCUGGGAAGCUGCCUUGCUCCAGAGCCUUCGGGACCAUGUAUGAACUUGUCACCCAUGUGACAGUGGAGCAUGUCGGAGGACCCGAGCACUCUGAAUAUGUGUGUCAUUGGGAGAAUUGUGCGAGAGACAGGAAGCCUUUCAAAGCCAAAUACAAGCUGGUGAACCACGUCAGAGUCCACACAGGGGAAAAGCCCUUUCCCUGCCCAUUUCACGGCUGUGAGAAAGUUUUUGCAAGAUCAGAAAAUCUAAAGAUCCACAAGAGGACUCACACAGGUGAAAAGCCUUUUAAAUGUGAGUUCGAGGGCUGCAACCGGAGGUUUGCGAACAGCAGCGACAGAAAGAAGCAUUCUCAUGUGCACUCCAGUGAUAAACCCUACAUGUGCAAGGUCAGGGGUUGCGACAAGUGCUACACCCACCCGAGCUCCCUGCGAAAGCAUAUGAAGCUCCACUGCAACAAGACCCACGUCGCCAAAGGCGGCGGCGGCGGCGACGCGCGUCCCGGUGACGGGGGUCACAUCGCGGAGGGCAGGUCAGUCCGAGUCUCGGAUGGAACCCAGAUCAGCCCCCCUCAUCCGCCCACCUCCACGCAAGAUGUAACCCUGUCCCCAGAGAGUCGAGACGAGUCGACCCCGAGGUCACGUUUCCAUCACACGUUUGACAGCAGUUUGGACUACUCCACACACAGGUCACAGCCCCUCUUGGACCCUUUGUUGCUGCAGAGAGGCAGCUACAGGUCCCAGUCCUCCCAGUACCCCUGCGGCCAGACAGGUCACACUUUUGCCCAGAGCUCAAGGACUUUCUCCUCCGCCUCUCCCUUUCAGAAAAGUAUUGUCAAUGGAUGGUACACAUGCCACAGCGGCGUGGACUCUUUCCCACCAAAGCAAUGCAAUAACAUCCCGUCUCUCUGAGUUCUUGUUGGCACACAUCUAACAAUUUGUGGGCCUCGUUUUCUUCUCAUGUUGUAGCCUAAAACUUACAUCUGUAUCGCUAUUAUUCAAUGUACUUUUGUGAAUGUUCUAUCCGAUAUUUUGUGAGACGUCCUCAGUCAUCGUAUUUAAUCUUGCAUUGCGAAAUGUGGCGAGCUUUAUUUGUUGUUGUGAGGCCUUGUUUGGUUGGGGUUGGCCUGUAGCCUUUACAUCGCCCCAUAAUGGCUUAUAGGAACAGUUGCAAAGUGUUUAUGCGUAAUUGUGCGCCGUGUUGCAUAAUUAUUAAAGAUAUCUAUCUUAAGCGAGACAAAAAAAAUGACGAAGGAUUUUUUUUUUUUUAAAUGGAAAUCUGCGUGUUGACUUUUCUGAACUUAGAAUCUAUUGCUGGAAAGUAAAAGGAAACGUCUUGCUGAAUGUAGCCCUGACUGUAGGGGUCUUUGUUGAAUGUAAACUAGGUGUAAUGUAUGUCGGGAUGAAUAGAAAUAUUAUUCAUGACUUAUGUAUGUCGCAAGAUGAAAUAAAUAUCUGAAAGAUCUUUCCUCAAGUAAAGAUUUUGAGAUCUAACAAAACUGCGUGAUGGGCCUGGAGCAUGAUUUGUCUGUAAUUAAUAUACCGUGCGGCUCAGUUUCUUUUUUUUUUUCCUGCUCUUGAUUAACUUCCACUUUUUGGCCCCUUUUUCAUUCCACAUUCGUACUUUGUAUUAUAUGUAUAUUUCACAUUUCUGUGCGAAGUAAGACCAGUGUGAAUAUAAACCACAGUGUUCGUGUUACUGUUAAAACGUUUAAUUAGCAUACAGUUCUACUGUACAUAUGCCUACUGUAUAAUUAAUUAUGUAUCCUAUAUUUUAUUAAAGUGUCUAUAUUCUCUUUGA